AUGAGAAACCCAACUCCAGCACACCACGCAGAUGAUGAGAAACCUUGGCGGCCAAACCAGCACCCACUCCACACAGAAGGUUGUGACGGCGGACCAAAACCCUAUUUCCUAAACCCUAACCAAACACGGAAGGGAGACUCUAUAAAUUUGAGAAAUCCAUGCAGAGCUUCCUUGGGAUUAAAGGGUUUUUGUUUAAUAUUUCUGUCCUCUCUUAUUGGAGUGACUGCAAAUCAGAAUGCUUACUUUGAGGGCCUGUAUUUAGCCUCUUCAACAAUAGCAAGUGCAAUGGCCAAUCUGAUUCCUGCAAUCACCUUUGUACUGGCCACAGUUGUUGGAUUCGAGAAAGUUAAUCUGAGAAGCGUGAGAAGUAAUGCCAAGAUAGUAGGGACAAUCAUCUGUGUUGGGGGAGCCAUUUACAUGACAUUUAUCAAAGGCACGAAGUUAUUGAACACAGAGUUUGAACCCUCAAAAUCUCUCUUUGACAUGGCGGGUGAGAAUUUGAAGCUGGGUUGUCUAUUUCUAUUUUUAUACAGUGUUUUUGCGUCAACUUGGGUGAUUCUGCAGGUCCCAGUUUCAGCAUGUUGUCCAGACCACCUAUAUUCAGCUUUCUGGAUGUCUUUCUUGGCAACUAUACAAUCAGCAAUAGUUUGUCUUGUUUUGGAGCAUGACCUACAAGUAUGGCAUAUGCAUUCAGCUCUUGAACUUGGAAGUUUAGUAUAUGCAGGAUUUUAUGCUGCUGUGUCCUCUUUCAUACAAACCUGGUGUAUAUCAGAAAAAGGUCCACUCUACGUUGCCAUGUUCAGCCCCCUAUGUACAGUUAUUACGACCAUUGUAGCGGGUCUGUUUCUACAUGAAGAAUUAUAUUUGGGAAGCUUGGUGGGUGCUAUUGCUGUGAUAAUUGGCUUAUAUGUUGUGAUAUGGGGCAAAGCCAAAGACCCCCAAAAGAUGAAACAAGAGGUAGAUUCGGAGCAGCCUUCUGAUCAGCCGAAAACGAUAGAAGUCUUCAUUGAUGACUCUUUAGAGAAGACGAGCUGUAAAAUUGAUCUGGAAGAACCACUUCUGCCACAAAAAUUACCUUAA